UUCUCCUCUUUCCUCUCCACUCCUGCAGCAUUUAACGUGACCAUCCGUAGUGACCGGCGUGGGACAUGUAAGGGAACCCAUGUUGUGUAUGCCUGUGUUGGAUACUGUGAGUCCAGUGCCUUUCCCUCACGCUACUCUGUCCUGGUGGCAUCUAACUUCACUCACAACAUCACCUCAGCGUCAAGAUGUUGUACCAUCAGCAAGGAUGCAAAGAUCAAAGUUCGUCUGAAAUGCCCUCGUGCUCGUCAUCACAACAACAUUGAGAUCCUGACGGCGCGGGCCUGUCACUGCGACAUGUGUCGCAAGUCACACUACUGAGAUGCCACUGUCGCCGCGGGAACUAGAAUGGAAUGGUGGAGCAGGGAAAAAAGACUUGAGAAACACUUUUUAUAACGUUGCUUUAUUUAAGAAUUGUUGGUUUAAACAUUGGUUUAAGACAGAAGAAGACCGUUUGUGACCCUGUAUGAGUUAACACCCUAUUUCCUUUGUAGUGCACUACUUUUGACCAGGGUUCAUGGCGCUCUGGUCAGAAGUACUGCACUAUAAUAGGGAAUAGGGUGCCAUUUGGGAUGCAUUCGUAGGCACUGGCAGCCAGUCAAACCACUAUAGAUAAUACAAUAAUUAACUCUACAUAGAUCUGCUAUACAGCCCCUACCACAGAACUAGAAUGAGUAGAACUAGAAUCCAACUUUCAAAUCAAUGGGUGGACUGGCAGCCAAUUUGAGUGUUUAACAAUCAAGUUGCCAUGGUCAGAAGUUCCAAUUCUGUUCUAUUAAUUCUAUGGCCACUACACAGCCAGACAUUAAGAGACAAAAUAAUGUACAUGAAACUGUAUUUUUUUUUUUUUUUUGAUGUUUUGUAAAUAAGUGACAAGAAAGAAUGUUGGAAGUGUUGAGGAAAUAAACAUU